AUUUUAUGAAUAUAGAUUUUUCUAAACUUAAAGUUUAUUCAAAUUCCUAAUUAGCUAUUAGGUUAUUUAUUUUAGGCUAGAAUAAUCCUUCCUUAAUAUCAUAAAUUAUACCUAAACUAGAAGAAAAUGGUCUUUAUUUGUAAAUAUAUUAUUAUAUAUAUUAGAGCAGCUGCAAAUUUAUCAGAAAAAUCAAAAAUUUCUUACUCUAGAGAAGAAUUAAAUGCAGCAAGGAAGUUAAUUACAGAAAAGAAGAAUCAAAUAUAACAAACUAAAAAUUUAUAAAAUAGAAAUGCUUUAAAAGAAUCAUUCAUCUAAUUAGGAGACUUAUAUUAUCGAUUUGGAGAUUUAGCUGAAGCUUAUGGUGCAUAUUAUAAGGCUCAUGAAAACAAUUAAGCAUAAGAAGCAUUAGAUUAUGCUAAUUCAUGGGUAACAUGUAUGAUUUUAAGCAAUAACUAUAUGCAUUACAAAGUUAUUAAUGUCAAUUCUAAAGAUUCAGAUGUUAAAGGAUAUUAAAAGUGGUUAUUAUUGAGUGCCAUAAGAAAUUAUGUAAGAAUGGAUUACAAAAAUUUUUUAAAUGAUUUACUAUCUAUUGAUACUAAAAAUCUUGAAUCGGUAGAAUUUAUUACAAGUUAUUUCGAUUUAAGCAAAUAUUUUGCAAUAGCUAGUCUUACUACUAAAUUACCUAAAGAUAUUAUAGAAAUAUUACAACAUCCCUUUAUCGUUAGAAUACUUGAUGCAGAUCCAUCUGUAUUAGAGACGUUGAAUUGUUAUAUUGACUACGAUUUCGUACAAUUAAUUCAAAAAUCAUAAUUACUUAUUGUAUUCAUAUUUCAUAUUCUAGAAUGAAUUGGAAAGAGACAUCAUAUCAGCUCCAGUCCUACAAUAAAUUAAGGAAAAAAUCAUUUCUACACUACUCAAAUAAGUAUUUAUUUUUUUCUAUUAAAAUAGUAUAUCAUCAAUUUCAGUAGAAUGACUUUAAAAUCAUUAGCUAAUUUAUUAAAUAUAAAAGAUUUUUAAGCUCAAGAACUUGUUGAAAAAUUGAUUAAAGCUGAAAAUCUUAAUUAUGUAGUAGAUCCAAUCGAUAUGAUUGUUCAUGAAAAGUAUACUAACGAAUAAUUGUAAAUACGUCAGUCACAGUAACUAGGAGUCACAGUAUUAAAAACAUUAGAUCAGAAAUAUUUCUAAAUUCUUCAAGAUUUAAAAUGAAAAAGAUUUAUAUAAAAC